CGUCCGCCAGGAUCAAUGAUGGGUGUAGACUUUCAACGCCCUCCUCUCCCUGCACCUACCGAACCCUCCACCCUAGACUCGGGCGACAACGAAACCACCCUGCGCGACGACGUCGACACAAACGUCUCCACCCGCACCGACAAAACCUCCUACUCCAUCCCGGAGGACGGUAGCCCCGUCACCAUCAACACCACCAAGCGCGACGGCGUCAUCCACAAGAAAUAUCCUUCGCAGACUUCGCUGCUGAUCGAGUACUUCGAAGGCGCAAAAGCCGAGGGCAAGGUCCGCAUCCGACCCAGUGUUCGCGUCCGCGUCACUCCCUCCUCCCGCAAACACAAAUCAUCCACCAACGACCAUCUGCAAAUCACUCAGACCACCCGCAGCUCCAAAAAACCUUCGUACACACGUCGCAUCUCCCUGGGCAGCAAAGGUCGUGACGAGCUUCCACAAACAGACACUUCGUAUUCCGAAGGCUCAAACGUUUCUUCUGUGCCACCCGUAGAGAUAGAAGUUCUACAAAACGCGAGCGACUUGUCCAGCUCGGACGGGGCUCAUCGUCUACCAAUGACAUCUGACAUCUCGUCUAUGCCCCCGGAUUCUAUGUUGGAAGGAGAGCCUUAUAUCAAGCCACCUGCACCCAGGAAAAGCCGGGCGAUUGAAGUUGAAGACGUUUCCGACAUGGUUGAGGCAUCAGACACACUCAAAGCCCCAGCGCGCCAGCGUAGCCGGAGUUUGAGUAAAGAGCGCAUCACCGCUCGCGUUAUGGAGAAGCUCCAACAGAAGCCGGUCGAGAGCAGCGGGUCCCGGACGAGAGGAACUCGAGAUGAGUCCACAUCAAGUCGCAAGCGAAGGAGCAAGACUUCCCGAGAGGAUGAAUACAGCGCCAUCAGUGGGACUGAGUCCAGUCUGCUAUCAUCCAACGCACAUCGCCGGUCGGCCGACGUGCAUUCUAUGAGAUCUGGUGUUUCUGGCACAUCGUCCAUCAACAACCCCAAACUUCUCGCUACAGUAGAGGAUGCCAUCAAGCGCCUGAUCCUCCCAGAGCUAACUGCCCUGAAAGAGGAACAGCGCACACAGAAAAAUCACUCCAAAUUCGAGCAUGCUUCGCGCGACAGCACGUAUGAGACUGUUGAGUCUAGAGCCAGUUCUCGUGAUGGGUCUAAACGGCGUGUAUCCAAAUCUUCAAGCGCCCCUCACAUCCACGACAGCAAACCCAAAUUGGUCCUCAAUCGGGAUGACAAUGACCCGGGCACCGUUCUCUCUGGAGCCUCUAGUCGCAAAGACCGUCGUUCCAGCCGUGGUUCGGUAUCCGAGCAUAGCCGUGCAGAAUCACGAGACGAAAAGGUGCGGCGUAAAAAGAGCAAAGAAAAAAGCUCCUCGACGCGGGAUGCAGCUCUGGCCGGGCUUGCAGGUGCUGGACUCACCGCAGCAGCUCUGAAAAGCCACAACUCUCGCGAAGACCAAGCGGAACAGCGCAAGGACGACAGGAGAAGGAAGCAUUCGCGCUCAAGUCGAAGUCGCACCGCGAGCAUAGCCGAGAGCUUUGAAGGCGAAUACUAUGAAGAGAAGGCUGACGUACCACCACUGCCCAUACUGCAGAGCGAACUCCAAGGUUCUGAACUAACCCGAGAUUCAAUUUUGUCUGCCGAGACUGAAACACGUGAACGACCUGAUACAAGUUCUUCGAGAGAGACGGGUGUCGAAACCCCGCUCCGUGAGGUUUCUCGGGGCUAUAUAUCGCCAUCUCCAAUGACACCUACUCGUAAAUCACCAGCUGGUCUACAUGAAUCUCUCGGCAUGACCCACAGCAACCGCUCCCAUGGCGACAUGAGCGUGGGAACUCCCAAAAGCGGCCGCAGCUCCAGGAACCACGCAUCAAAAUCGCGAGAUGCCGCCAGUGCUGCCAUCUCCGCUACAGCCGCCGCAAAGAUCCGUGCAAUAGAGGAUACCGAGCCACAAAGGUCUCAGUAUGAGAUAGCAGAUUCGACACCAACUCGUGGUCUGAGUCCCAUUCAAAGUGAAGCUAGCUACCGCGAUAGCGUUCACACGACCGGAUCACCACGCCCUCUACUUCACUCUGCCCACAGUGGCGCAUCAAUGUCUUCAGCUGGUCGUAGAGUCGAACGCCAGCAGUCUAAUCUCUCGAUUCAGUCGUUUGAAUCCACGCCAAGCACUAAAGCGGCCCGAACACGCAAGCGGCCACAAGGGGUUACGCUGGAGCGCUCCCGGGAAGUGCUUGAUAGACCAAAUACCCCCGGUGAUGCGGAUAGUUUUUUCGCUCAAAAUCACGAGCAAAACGAAAUAUAUCGCAGGGAGAUCGAGGAAAGCGAACAUGGCUCUCCUAGUAACGAGUAUCGAUUGGCGUCUAACAGCAAAGACAAGAGUCCCGAGGGAGUGAGCGAUGAGAAGUUAGCUCUUGGACAAAAUAUUCUCAAAGUCGGUUCCACUCCGGAAUACGUUCACACGCCCGUGGCUGUUGAGUCUGCGAUCGCAUCGUUGGUCGAACCAUCCACCAUUAGUGUUCGCUCUUCGAUAUCGAGCCCGGUGAGAAAGAGCAGGCUGUCACAAAUCAGUCCCAAGCCUGAUUACCAGCACUUAACAGAUCAUGGAGACAGCCCGUCACGUGAACAGAUCAGCCAUGAGCGGUGGGGUGCAAUUCGCAACCAAGCCCAGGCACACGUCCUAGCGCAAUCUGGGUCGGCCGGCUCUCCCAGGCAAAGCAAUCCACCGACCUUUAGCUCCAGCGCGAUCCCUACAGGAGAAGUGAUGCCUGAGUAUGGCUACGGCGUGGACGAUGCCUCUGAGGUCGACACUAAUCCGUCCAUAAUCCAAGGCCCAAUCGGAGGUGGUGAUUACCUUGACCAUGCCGAGGAGCUUCUCAGCCGGCAGGAGGAGCGUGAGCGUGAACGCACUCCCCUGUCUUAUGGAAAAGCUGCUGCUGCCAUGGCAACAAACUCAUCGGCCCGUUCGCACUCUCGUGAACAAAGUCCCGCUCUAUCUUAUGGACAAGCCACCGUGGAGGAUGACUAUAACAAUCCGUACUCAGCCGGACCUCAGUCUGCGCAUCUUCGUUACGCCCAGGACCGCACGCCAACCCAAAGCCCAGCGCUCUGGAAAGACGAGGGCUACCAGUCCGCCAACCAGCCUGCUGUUACCCCAGAAGGUCACCGAUCCAAAUUUCUUGAUGACGGUAUGGGAGAAUAUGACGAUGCUAGGCUGGGCAGUAUCACUCCUGGCAAACACGAACGUCACUUCAGCGGCAAUUCACAUGGUAUGGCAUCACCUCUCUAUGAUUCCGCCACUGGAAAAGGACUCGACCGCAUCGAUUCAAAGGAUAUUGUAGCUUUGAUGGAUCAUCUGACGGUACGCGAUGCGCAGCGCAAUGCGCGCGACACAGAGAUUCUGGUUACGCUUGUCCGAAGUGCAGCGGAGAUGCGUACCACAUUCGAAGAGAUGAAGCAGUUCAUUCGAGUUCAAGACCAGAUGGUCAUGAACAGUACAGAUAAGAGGAUGGACCUUGCUGAGCAGCGUAUACUUGGCGGCCCCCGUCCGCAACCAUUGGGAUCCCCGCGUGCCCCUCGAUCAUCGACCGACGAUCUUGACACGGAGACCAAGAAGAAGAGCGUUUUCAAGCGUGCUCUCAAAGGCCUCAGUAUGAAAAGCGACAGUGACAUCAAGAAGAUCGAAGCCAUGCUGGUCCAAUUGCUCGGGGAGGUGGAGGGAUUGAAGCAAUUCCACCAGCUGUCUCUGGAACAACAAAACCGCUCCAACAGCAUGACAUCCUAUGAGAACCUGCGCGCUAGUGGAGGUCCCGAAUCUGGAUACGAGCCAGAGGGUCGAGCAAACACGGCCUCUUCACCAAACCAGUCUGGAUACUUGUCAAACCCGUCAUCACGGCGUAUCCAGGACCUGCAUUCUGGAUUCGAGGUUCCGCAGACCCACCGCAUUAGCACUGUGCAGGAGGACGACGAAGAAUAUAUGGACGAUGACCUAUAUGAGAACACGGAAAGGAUGACGACGCCUACACAGGAAGCCAGGCGGAACAUCGCCCAGGACCAAACGCCUCCGCAGGCAUCGAGAGCUUUCCGCGACUCCCAAAGCCAGGAGAACACACCGAAGCGAAAGCACAAAUCCAAUUCUUCGUCGAUAUUUGGAAUUCCCAAGAUAUCCCGAUGGUCCAAAACAACAGCAUCCACAAAUCCGGAAAGCCUUCCCCGCAACAGUGGUUCUGGCGAGCAACGGCCAUACUCGAGUGGAUCCCGGUCUGGAUCGCAGGUCAACAUCCCCUACGGCGAUGGCCAAUAUGAUUUGCACGACGAUGAUAGACUUCGCUCCAACACGUCGCUCGAUCGGGACGGGCGGUCUAUCCGGUCCGCGUCUCCCCUUAUUCCCGAGGAUGAUGGAUACACCAUGGACGAUCCCAAGUAUCAAGCUCAUCGGAACUCACUCAACCUGCAGCACCCGCAGCCGCUGCCUGGUCAAGCUCGCAUCUUCGACCCCAUCCGGUCCCCGGAUUACGACCAGUGGGGCAGCAACCCUGCCCUAGCGCGCAAUCGUCUGUCUGGGGGUGGAGCUAGCCAAGGAGCUGGGCAUCUAUCUCCCAUCUCAUCCGACGGUGGUUACAGCCAGCACUCGGCUUCGGAGCAACAGCAAGCUCCCGCCCGUCCACCCAAAGUCGUGGACGAUGGUCCUUUGAUCCCGCAACAGCUGCCACUUGCAGGACACGGGCAAGCGAGACAGAUGUACAGCUCGCCCAAUGAAUACGGCGGUCAGGGCAUCUUGACGCCGUUGGCACCCAUUCAAGAGGUGCGUUACUCACUUGAGACUGACAGAGGGCACCGCUAUACGCCAUCACCAUCCCUCCGCGACAGUCAAAACCUGACGCCAGGGGCGGGUAUGACCAGCCCACAGCGCAAGAUCACAGGGCCGCGUCCGAUGGGGAGCAGAAGCCCAAGCGGACAACAGGGACUUCAGCACUCGGACACGGUAGUUCGUAGGAAGCCCAUUGCUGCGGAUACCGAGAGUCUUGAAAGCUACCGUAGCAGCGACUCGGAGACGUUCUAG